AUGAAGGGAAGGAAGGCUAUUCAUGGGAAGGUGAGAGAUAUUUGGAGAACAAAGCUUGCCCUGCUCUGCAGUUGCCUGCAGUCUGGCCUCCCCCUGGAGCUCACCUGCAUCUUCUCAACCCCUAAUCUGCCAGACGAUGAGGUGACAGUCACAGAGGAUAAGAUCAAUGCCCUCAGUAAAGUAGCUGGUGUAAGCAUUGAAGCUUUCCGGGCAGGCGUGUAUGCAAUGGUCCUGGCCAAUGUCAACAUUGGGAGCCUCAGCGGCAGCGUGGGGGCUAGUGGACCUGCCCCCUCCACCACGGCUGUCCCAGCUGAGGAGAAGAAAGUGGAAGUAAGGAAAGAAGCAUCGAAGGAGCCCGAUGAUGACACAGGCUUUGGUCUUUUUGACUAA